AUGAGAGCUUAUAAUUCCUUUUCAAUUCACAUGGACGAGCCACUCACUGGAGCAAAGAAGCAGUCGAACAAAUCAACGAAAAUUAUGUUGGUUGUGUUUAUUGUUUUAACAAUCAUAUUUGGUCUUUCUACACUUGGCCUUGCAAUAUAUGUUAUUGUUGAUACUGUUAAUAGAGAAGAUGUAUGUGCUGACCCGGUUCUUCCCGAAGGUGCAAUGACUCCCAUUUCAGUUGACAUUGCGAUUGAUGGUGUACUGGGUGGUGCUGCUGUCUACAACCACAAAUUUGAUAUGUCGCCAUCGCCAUAUUAUAAACACAUCAAUGUUUAUGACCAAAAGCCCACAGACACUUUGGUUGUCUUGGAUAAAUUUGAAACAUACCAACAAACAAACGGAUGGAGUUGUGGUCCGUCAUCCUCAUAUAUGGCACUUAGAUAUAUGGGCGAGACAAAUGUGUCUGAGGCAAUUAUUGCGGCAGAGACGGGUCAUGUGUCUCCCGGACAAACACCAGAACAAUUGGUCGAAGUUUUCGAGAGUCGUGGGUAUAAAACAAUCUCAUCACCAAACAAUGGGGAAAGAUAUUUUGGAACAGAUUCACCAAAGAAGUUUGUUGAUACUCUUCUUGACUAUUUGAAAAGAAAGAUUCCAUUUUUAGUCAAACUUGGAGGACAUUGGAGUGUUGUUAUUGGGUAUGAUGAUGUUGGAAAGCCAGAGGAGUAUCAAACUCAUGUCAUGAUACUUGCAGACAGUUGGGACACUCAUGAUGGACUUCAAGAGGGAAUUAUUGUCUAUGAAGCAGAUUAUUUCUGGAAUUUGUGGACGAACGGAAAAGUUGAUAUCGAUGGGCGUUACCAACAAUUCGUAGUUGGUUAUAAGGAUUAA